AUGGCCAAACAAAACUUGGAAAUUUCAAAGCCCAUUACGCUGCCAUGCGGCCUCACCCUGCCCAAUCGCCUCGCAAAGGCCGCAAUGGCCGAGGGCUGGGCCGGCCGCGACCGGCUGCCGCACGCCGACCUCAUCGAGACGUACCGGCUCUGGGCCGAGGGCGACUGGGGCCUGCUCAUGACGGGCAACGUGCAGGUCGACGCGACCUACCUGGGCACGCCCGAGGACGUGAGUAUCAACGAGCGCGUCAGCCGCAACGCGCACAUCGAGGCCUGGAGCCAGUGGGCGGCCGCGGCAAAGGGCGCGCGCGGCACCCCGGCCAUUGUCCAGAUCAACCACCCGGGCCGGCAGUCGACCAUUGGCGCCGGCACCAAGGGCCUCUUUGGCAAGUCGAUUGCGCCGAGCGCCAUUGGCGUCCAGCUCGGGACGGGCUUCGUGGCCAAGGCCGCCGGCGCGCUCGUCUUUGGCACGCCGCGCGAGAUGACCGACUUUGAGAUUGACGACGUGGUGCGCCGCUUCGCCACGACGGCCAAGGUCGCUGAGGACGCGGGCUUUGCGGGCGUCGAGAUUCACGCCGCCCACGGCUAUCUCUUGUCGUCGUUUCUGUCGGCCAGGAGCAAUCAGCGCAGCGACGACUACGGAGGCUCUCCGAGGAAACGUGCGAAAAUUGUUGUGGAUGUGAUUAGGGCCAUUCGGGCCGUCGUGUCGCCCAAGUUUUGCGUCGGCAUCAAGAUCAACUCGGUGGACCAUCAGAGCGCAGGCGAGUUGAAAGACUGCCUGGAGCAGUUGACUGAAAUCACAAACGUCGGGGUCGAUUUUCUUGAAAUUAGUGGUGGAAACUACGAGGAUCCCACGAUGAUGGAAUCCGUCGCCAGCGAAGCAGGGGUCAAGGUAUCCGCAAGCACGGCAGCGCGCGAAGCCUUUUUCCUAGACUUUGCCAACUCCAUUCGCAAGACAUUCCCCAAGCUUCACCUCAUGGUCACUGGAGGCUUCCGCAGCCGGCUUGGACUAGAGUACGCCGUCAAGAGUGGCGCCUGCGACUUGGUGGGCGUCGGGCGCCCGUCUGUUGUCGAGCCGAGGCUACCAAGGACCAUCAUCUUCAACCCCGACGUGAGCGACGAAGAUGCAAGACUGCCCACAAAGAGCUUCUCUCAAGCUACUCUGAGCCGAUGGCUUGGAAUCAAGGGAUUGGGGGGCGGCACCGAAACGAUUGGUUAUGUCGCUGCAAUUCAUAAAAUGCAGCAGGCCGCCGCCGCGGCGUCGGUGUAA